AUGGUCGACUUUGCAGGCAAGUUGUGUUUGGCGCCCAUGGUGCGCAGCGGAGAGCUCCCGACCCGGCUUAUGGCCUUGAAACACGGAGCCGAUCUCGUCUGGCUGCCUGAGAUCAUCGACAAAAAGCUCCGAAACUGCAUCAGAGUGGAAAAUAACGAACUCGGCACGAUCGACUACGUGGAAACCCGAAACAACGAAAUUCCCAAGCCGAAACCAGGAAAACAGGUUCCUGUAGUGUUCAGAACAGAUCGAGCCAAAGAAGAGGGAAAAUUGAUUCUACAAAUCGGGUCUGCGGAUCCGGAAAUUGCCGUCCAAGCAGCUCAGAAGGUCAUUGGUGACGUGGACGGCGUGGAUCUCAAUUGCGGUUGUCCAAAACCGUUUUCCACCCAUGCUGGUAUGGGUGCAGCUUUAUUAAGCACACCAGAGCUUUUGACGCUGAUUUUGCUGAAUCUCGUGGAGAAAGUGGGCAAGCCAAAUAACAAGCCAAUCAGCGCCAAGAUCAGGCUUUUGGACGAGAAGGAUCCGCACCCUACGCUAGACUUGGUGGAGAAAAUCUGCAACACGGGAAUCGCCAAUUUGACCGUUCACUGUCGGACCAGGAACAUGCGGAACCGGGAUCUUCCGAUUCGGGACUCUGUGGGCAAGGUGUACGAUGUUGUGGCGAAACACGGCGUGACUUUGGUGAUAAACGGCGGGUUCCAGUGCAGAAAGGAGAUUGAGAAUUUCCAGAAAAGCAUAGGUAACGCCAAGGUUGGUGGCAUGAUUGCCGAGGCGGCCGAGCUGAACCCUACGGUUUUUGAAGCGGUUCCUUCACCGUGGAAAAAGGUCACCACGGAGUUCCUCCAAACGUGCAUCGCCUACAACAACUUCAACAGCAACUCCAAGUACAUUCUUUUGAACCAGAUUCCGGGGAAGCUGCCGGUCUACAAGGAGAUAUGCAAGGUGAAGACGAACGAGGAGUUUCUUAAAGUGAUAGAGGGCGUUCAGGACGAAGGCGAUUUGGUGUUUGUGAGAACGAUGCAGAAGGCUGUCGCCAUGGACAGCGAAAGCUUUAUGGCGCAGUUUGACGCCAAAAGAAAAGUUACCCCCGAGCCGGAGAUCGUGGAGAAGAGGGCCAGGAUCGAGGCUGUCGCAGGGUAA